AUGGGUUCAGAAGAGUAUAUUCAGCUUCCUACGAUUGAUUUCUCAGUUCUAAAUAACCAGAAACUUGACGCUCGUGUCUACGAUUCCAUGAAAACUGAAGUUCUUGAAGCCCUUCAGAAGUAUGGUUGUUUCCAAGCAUCUAUAGACGGAAUAACACCCGAGCUUCAGAAGUCUGUAUAUGGUGCAGCAAAGCACCUUUUCGAUCUUCCCUUAGAAACCAAGAAUAAAAACGUAUCCACCGGAAUGUUUAUUGGGUAUAUGGGGAACUCGCCGCGACUUCCGCUCUAUGAAAGCAUGGGCAUCGAGGAACCUUACAUCGCUGAAAAAGUUGAAAAUUUCACCAACCUCAUGUGGCCCCAUGGCAACCCUCAAGUUAGCAAUGACAUCCAUCUAUAUGCGAAGAAGCUUUGGGAAUUGAAUGCGAUGACACGGAAGAUGGUUUUUGAGAGCUUGGAUUUGGACAAGUACCUAGAUGAGCACAAUGAACUAGCAAAUUAUGUGCUUAAGUUUAAUAAAUACCGAGCCCCGGAACCAAAUGAGGCGAAUCUUGGGUUGCACAGUCAUGCGGAUGCUGGUAUAAUGACCAUAUUACAUCAAUAUGAAGUUGAAGGAUUGGAGAUCCUAACAGAAGAUGGUAAUUGGCUAAGAGUCAAGCUUUCGCCAAAUACAUUUAUUGUCAUGACCGGAGAGACUAUAAACGUAUGGUUGAACGGGCGAUUGCAUGUGCCACUUCAUAGGGUGAUUAUGAGAGAAAACAUGACUCGAUACACCCUGGCAUUUUUUGAAUUGCCAAGAACGGGGAAUCUCUUAAAAGCCAUCGAUGAUAUGGUCGAUGACGAACACCCGUCGCUCUACAAGCCUUUUGAUUACGGAGAGUUCAUCAAAUUUUAUGUUACCGGAGGUCAAGGUAUACAGAAGUAUGCUGUAAAGGCAUAUUGUGGUGUCUGA